AUGGCAGAAGGCAAGAUGUUGGAGGUUGCUCCUCAUUCCCGGCCCGUUCAGACGCAGUCGAAGCCGAAGCAGGUGCAUUACCCGUUUUGGUUUGGAGGGUCGGCCUCAUGCUUUGCUGCGUCCGUGACGCACCCGUUAGAUUUAGUUAAGGUCCGGUUACAGACUCGUACACCCGAUGCGCCGAAGACUAUGGUCGGGACCUUUGUCCACAUCGUGAAGACUAAUGGCGUCACGGGUUUAUACGGUGGUUUGUCAGCCGCGAUGCUACGUCAAAUCACAUACUCCACAACGCGCUUCGGUAUCUACGAAGAAUUGAAGUCGCGCGUUGUCUCGCCCACCUCAGAUCCCAACCGCGCACCAAGUCUCCUCACUCUCAUCGGGAUCGCCUCUGCCUCCGGCCUCAUCGGUGGCAUUGCAGGCAACCCAGCUGAUGUGAUGAACGUUCGCAUGCAACACGAUGCAUCGCUCCCUCCUGCCCAACGACGCAACUACCGACACGCAUUCCACGGACUCAUCCAGAUGACCCGGACAGAGGGAUUCAGUUCUCUCUUCCGCGGUGUGUGGCCUAACUCAACCCGCGCAAUUCUCAUGACUGCCUCGCAGCUCGCGUCUUACGAUACCUUCAAGCGCAUGUGUAUUGAGAAGGCCGGCAUGGCUGAUAAUCUGGGUACACAUUUCACGGCCUCGUUCAUGGCUGGCUUCGUUGCUACCACUGUCUGCAGCCCCGUGGACGUGAUCAAGACUCGCAUUAUGACCGCUUCUCAUGCGGAGGGUGCUAGUCAUAAUAUCGUUACUCUUCUGCGUGAUAUCUGCCGCAAGGAAGGCCUGGGAUGGACUUUCCGUGGCUGGGUGCCUAGCUUCAUCCGUCUUGGUCCCCAUACCAUUGCCACAUUCCUCUUCCUCGAGGAGCACAAAAAGCUCUACCGCAAGCUGAAGGGCAUUUAA